GUAAAAUACUACAAAUGUGCAAAACCGUACAAAAUCAAUGGGAAAACUUAGCUAUCGGUAAAAUUUAAAUUAUCGUGCUUUCUGCAUACAUCUAUCGAAGACCCACGAUUCAGGCGUCCAUCUCCAGCACCAACAAGAAAAUAUAUGUAUAUUUGAAAUUAUAUGUAAAAAAAAAGGCAGUACGCUUCGCACAAAGGUAAAGCUGAAUACCACUAAAUCGGACCUCUGAUGGAGCGAUAAGCAUGCUACUUUGCACUGCCACUUCGCUAAUUUGACCGCCCUCUGUUCAGAUCGUCUUCUUAAUCGCGCUUGAAAAGUCUGGCGGAGCGUUGUGAAACUGAAUACAUAUUUCUAGAGCGGCUCAGCAAACGCAACAAACAUGUCAGCUACUCCCAAUUCGAAUAGUAACAGUAGCAACAGCAAGCAACCCCUGCCUCAAAAACAAGACACGUACAGUAGCGACAGCAGCGAGGAGGCUCUCGAAACGGCCGAGGAGCGAAGGAGGCGCAUCCUAAAGGAGCGCAGCCGAUUGAACCGACCGCAGCAUAUGUCUGGCGCGGGGGCCGUCCCUAAGCACGACCGCAAGUCCCCAGGCGGAUCAUCUCCCAGCUGUCAGGCAACGGGCUCCGGAGCGGGGUGUCGGCUCCAGGCUCCGCCAGAUAGGAUCUCUAUGCUAGUGGAUGGCGUGCGCUUUACGGUGGAACAGUCCCUGCUAACAAGCCACCCCACUACAAUGCUGGGCACCAUGUUUGGCUCCGGCUUCCAGUUCGCUCAUGCCAACGAGCGCGGGGAGUACGACGUGGCAGACGGAAUCUCGCACCUUGUGUUUAGGGCAAUCCUGGAGUAUUACAAGAGCGGGGUGAUCCGUUGCCCGCCCACUGUUUCUGUGCCGGAGCUAAAGGAAGCAUGUGAUUAUCUGCUUAUUCCUUUUGACGCCACAACCGUGCGGUGCCAGAACCUAAGCCUUCUCCACGAACUUAGCAACGAAGGGGCAAGACAACAAUUCGAACUUUUCUUGGAGGACUUGAUUUUGCCCCUCAUGGUGUCCUCUGCGCAGCGUGGGGAUCGCGAGUGCCAUGUGGUGGUGCUUCUCGAAGACGAUAUGGUCGAGUGGGAUGAAGAAUUCCCGCCCCAAAUGGGCGAGGAGUAUUGCCAGACUGUUCACAGCACUGCCAUGCAUAGAUUCUUCAAGUACAUCGAGAACCGCGAUGUGGCCAAGCAGGUCAUGAAAGAUCGUGGGCUGAAGAAGAUCCGCUGCGGCAUAGAGGGAUACCCAACCCACAAAGAAAAGAUCCGAAGGCGGCCCGGUGGGCGGGCUGAGGUGAUCUAUAGCUACGUCCAGCGCCCGUUCAUCCACAUGUCUUGGGAGAAGGAAGAAGCAAAGAGUCGCCAUGUAGAUUUUCAGUGUGUGAAAUCCAAGUCUGUCACGAAUCUCGCAGAUGCGAAUGCUGAUCCACCUCUGGAAUUGGACGCAAGUGGAAACCCGAUUCCUCCUAUCGCAGUGGCUAAUCCCCAUCCCAACAACCCAGAGCUCGCUAUCGGUGUGGUUGCUGCUCCCUCUGCAGCGAUGGGCAUGGCUGGACCAGAAGCCGUAGUUGCAGUCGACGAGGCGGCUGGAGGCAUUGUGAUGCUCAACGAGUUAGAUCAAGCAGCUGUUGCUGGUGCCGCCGCCAUUGUCGAAGAAAGCAGGUAGAGCAAUGGUCCGAAAAAAGGGCGGAACCCACUGCCAAAGGAGCAGCCCGCACAGUAUACCAUUUUUACGUUUUUCAUUACCAUUUUUAUAUAUGCAAUAAAUCGAAAUUUUAAACAAAAA